AUGGCCGACUUACCAUCACUGACUCGCAAGCAACUCCAUAGCGCCGCCCAAAGAUGCCUCGCAUUGCAGCGCGACGGACAAGACCUGCACAGCAAGCGACCAUUCGCAGCCCUCCUUCUCGCACCAGACAACGAGACGCAGCUGAUGUCCUCUCUGUCACUGUCCCACGUCCGCCAUGCAGAAUGUGAGCUCGCGCGCAACGCCGCAGACAACUACUCCUGGGACUAUCUCGCUCGAUGCACCAUGGUCUCGACAUGGGAGCCCUGCGCCAUGUGCGCCGGCACCAUCUACUGGGCGCAUAUUGGACGGCUGGUGUAUCUGGCUUCGGAGAAGACUUUGCAGCAAGUCAUCGGAGCGGGUAAUCAAGAGAACCUUACGCUCGAUCUACCGUGUCGUGAUGUCUUCAGAGCAGGUCAAACGGGAGUGCAAGUCAUCGGGCCGUUGGCGGAGGAGGGAUGGGAGGAGAAGGUGGUACGGGAUAGCGAGCGCUAUUGGAAUAGCCGAUGA